CUCUGUGGCCCCUCCCCUGGCGGGCGGCGGGGCCCCUCUUGACGGACCGCGGCGGCCUCUCCUUGCUCCCGGAAGUCCAUGUCCCUUCCGGUCCCCCCCGCCCGCUCUCUCCCCCUCCCCAGGUGCCCGGCCCGGCGGUAAGAUGGCGGCGGCGGCCGAGUGCGAUGUGAUCAUGGCGGCGCCCGAGGGCCCCGGCCUGCUGGGCGGCGAGGAGGAGACUCGCAGAGAAGCAGAGUCUUUCAAGGAACAAGGAAAUGCUUAUUAUGCCAAGAAAGAUUACAAUGAAGCGUACAACUACUACACAAAAGCCAUAGACGCAUGUCCUAACAAUGCCAGUUAUUAUGGUAACAGAGCAGCCACCCUAAUGAUGUUGGGGAAGUUCCGGGAAGCACUGGGAGAUGCCCAACAGUCCGUCAGAUUGGACGAUACCUUUGUAAGGGGACAUCUACGGGAAGGGAAAUGUCACCUGUCUCUCGGGAAUGCCAUGGCCGCCAGCCGCUGCUUCCAACGAGUUCUAGAACUGGAUCAUACAAACCCUCAGGCACAACAAGAGUUGAAGAAUGCGAGUGCUGUGCUGGAAUACGAGAGAAUAGCUGAAAUCGAUUUUGAGAAACGGGAUUUCAGGAAGGUCGUGUUCUGCAUGGACCGUGCUUUGGAGUUCGCUCCUGCCUGUCAUCGGUUCAAAAUCCUCAAGGCUGAAUGUUUGGCACUGCUGGGUCGCUAUCCAGAAGCACAGUCUGUAGCUAGCGACAUCUUGCGCAUGGACUCCACAAAUGCAGACGCCCUUUACGUCCGAGGUCUUUGCCUGUACUAUGAAGACUGCAUCGAGAAGGCUGUGCAGUUCUUCGUCCAGGCACUCAGGAUGGCUCCUGAUCAUGAGAAAGCGUGUCUCGCCUGCCGAAAUGCCAAAGCACUUAAAGCAAAGAAAGAAGAUGGAAAUAAAGCAUUUAAAGAAGGCAAUUACAAACUAGCAUAUGAACUGUACACAGAGGCACUGGGGAUAGACCCAAAUAACAUAAAAACAAAUGCCAAACUCUACUGUAACCGGGGGACGGUUAAUUCAAAGCUUAGGAAACUAGAAGAAGCAAUAGACGACUGCACAAAUGCAAUAAAACUGGAUGACACAUAUAUCAAAGCAUACCUGAGGAGAGCACAAUGUUACAUGGACACAGAACAAUACGAAGAUGCUGUGAGGGAUUAUGAAAAAGUUUAUCAGACAGAGAAAACAAAAGAACACAAGCAAUUCCUAAAGAAUGCACAGGUGGAACUGAAAAAAAGCAAAAGGAAAGACUACUAUAAAAUCCUCGGAGUGGACAAAAAUGCCUCUGAAGAUGAGAUCAAGAAGGCGUAUAGGAAACGGGCACUCAUGCAUCACCCAGACCGGCACAGUGGGGCGAGCGCAGAAAUACAGAAAGAAGAGGAGAAGAAGUUCAAAGAAGUCGGAGAAGCCUUCACCAUUCUGUCGGAUCCCAAGAAGAAGGCUCGCUACGAUAGUGGGCAGGAUCUGGAGGAGGAUGGCAUGAACAUGGCAGACUUUGAUGCUAACAAUAUCUUCAAGGCUUUCUUUGGUGGGCCAGGUGGCUUCAGUUUUGAAGCUUCUGGGCCAGGAAAUUUCUUUUUCCAGUUUGGCUAAAAUUAAAACAUACAAACCACAUACACACACCUGAAAUGCUUGUUUUAACCUUGAAUACGGACAUAAUUAGACUCCUGCCUUCAUCAUGUCUCAUUGUACUUAGAGCAGUUUCAUUUUCUCAGUUGGAGACCUCUCUGUUGUGUGCUUUGUGUGAGAAGAGGAAACCAGCGCUGAAGAGAGGGGGCGGGGAAGGCUUGUGAAUUUUGUUUUACUGUUAACUUUAUUAAAAAAAAAAUAAAAUGUUUUGAAUCUUUUGGUCCCUC